AUGGCAUCUCCACUCGCUGAAUACUCAACUUGCGAGCUAUCUGACGCUCUCCUCAAGCUCGGCGUCGCUCACGGUGGACACAUUCCAGACAUCCGCAUGAUCUCUCCAUCCCCUUCUUCGACAAACGCAGAGAACGUGAGGAUAUGCGGACCAGCAUACACUGUACAUAUGGUUCUCUCUACCAACCCGACUGCUCCAAAGCUGAACGGUCAUUUUGUCGAUCUCGCCCCAGAAGGGAGCGUCAUCCUCAUCGACGCCCCAUCAGAGGCUCAGAAUGCGGUCUGGGGCGGCCUCAUGACUGCAGGUGCCCUCGCCCGUCGCUGCCUCGGGACCAUCGUUUCGGGCCGCAUACGCGAUACGUCCGAGCACCGGGCUACUUCGUACCCCCUUUUCGCACGCGGCACAUCUACGGUCGGCCAGUCUCCUUUCACGCGCCCUUCUCUGGUCGAUAUUUCUGUCACCAUACACACUGGCGGAAACCUGCAACCUGUUACAGUUAACCCCGGCGACUGGCUGGUUGCUGACAUCGACGGGGUCGUGUGCGUACCCAAAGAGCUCGCAAAACAGGUGGCCGAGCUCGCCGCAGGAGGGCACGAUGUCGAUGCACGAUGCUUGGAAGACAUUCAGAAAGGGCUUGGUGUGGCAAAUAGCUUCAACAUGCAUAGAGGAAAGUAG